AUGAUCACACACGUCCUGACAUGGGCGGCGGCUCUGGCUUCCCUUACAUACAUCGCUCUCAUAUUUCCUAGGCUUCAACAAGAGUGGAAGCUAUAUUCACAUCGCUCUCAACUCCCGCCCGGACCAAAGGUCAUCAAGACCGGCAUCCGCAAGCCAUGGCUCUGGUUCCAAGAACUAAGCAAGCAAUAUGGCGAUGUUGUCUACCUCCAACUCGGUCCCACACCAACCAUCAUCUUGGGUUCCGCCCAAGCAGCCUGGGACCUUCUCGAGAAGAAGGGUGCCAUCUUCUCUUCCCGCCCGCGCUUCAUCAUGGGAGGCGAGCUGCUUUCCGGGGGUAUGAGGGGGCUGAUGGCGCCGUACUCGUCCUACUGGAGGCGCUGGAGAAAGCUUCUUCACAGCGGCUUCAUGCAGAGACAGAGCGAGACAUACCGACCGAUUCAGAGUCUCGAAUCAAAGGUCCUGAUGCAUGAGUUGCUCGUGGAUCCGAUCAACUUCAGGAGACACCUUGAGAGAUAUGCCGCUUCUGUGAUUGUGACCGUCACAUAUGGCAGGAGGGUUGAGGACGUGACGACAGAUAUUGUGGUGCAGCGCAACGCUGAAUCCAUGGGACGUUUGACUUCCGUUAACAUCCCCGGCAAGUUCGCAGUCGAGCGCUACCCAGCACUCAAGUACUUACCCACGUUCCUCGCCUCGUGGAAAGCUGAGGUCCUGAAGCAAAGACAGAAAGACAUUCAGCUCUACACCGAACUCAUGGAUGAGGUUCGGGAAAAGGUUUCGAGAGGUGUUGCGCCAGAAUGCUUCGCCAGACACCUCCUGGAAGAGCAAGCAAGUCUGGGUGUGUCGGACUUGGAGAUUGCAUAUACUGCCGGGUCACCCUUUGGCGCAGGUGUCGAGACUUCCGCUGGAUCUCUGGCCAGUUUCCUCCUAGCAUGCGUGAAAUUUGGACCCCGCUUCAUCCCUCAAGCCCAAGAGGAGCUUGACAGGGUUGUGGGAAAGGACCGUCUGCCAGUGUUUGAAGAUAUGGAGAACCUUCAGUACAUCCGGGCCAUCGCCUCGGAGACGCUGAGAUGGAGACCGGUAGCGGUCCUCGGCGGUACACCUCACGCCAGCACCGCCGACUAUGUGUACAAGGGCAUGUUUAUCCCGAAGGACAGCACAAUCAUCGCCCCUCUUUGGAGUCUCCACCUAAAUGAGUCGGACUUCCCGCAGCCUCACGAGUUCGUCCCGGAUAGAUUCCUGGAGCACCGCGAUUAUCCGGGGUCCUUCGGCCACAGCGCUUUUGGCUGGGGCCGCCGGAUCUGUCCAGGCAUGCAUCUUGGCUCUGCUUCUGUGGCUAUCAACAUUGCACGUAUUCUCUGGGGAUUCGAUGUGAGACCCGUAAAAGAUGAAAGAGGGCGCGACGUUGACGUUGAUAUCUUCGCCUACUCUGAUGGGUUCAACUCGAGCCCCUUGCCAUUUCCUUGCUCCAUCACACCUCGGUCACCACACCAUGCUGAGAUCAUCGAAAGAGAACAUGAGGAUGCACUGAAAGCAUUAGUAACGUAUACAUCUGUCGUCAGUAAGAUAUCAUGA